CAGUUUUCUGGCGACGGCGGCAGGACUCCGAAGGUGACUGGGGCGGUUCGCGUUCUGAUCCACUCCACGCCGACACCGAGUGAUUCUCGGGGAGUCAUCGGUUCGUGCCCGACCCCCGCACCUGGCGGACGACUGCAAAAGGGGAACCUUGCAGUGGAAUCGACCUAUGCCACUGGAGAAUCCGGUGCAUGACAUUCAACCAGGAGACCAAGUGUACGUGAAGAAUUGGUCCACCCACCCCUUGAAAGAGACAUGGGACGGGCCUCGUCAAGUGAUCCUGACAACUUACACUGCAGUAAAGGUCGAAGGAAUCGACUCAUGGAUCCAUUACACCCGAGUCAAGAAAGUCCCUGUACAAUGGGAGACUCAGCUAGUCUCUCCAACACGGAUGAUCUUUCGCGGAAAGUAGCCUUUUUGAUUAUAUUAUUACUGGUAAUGACGAAACCAAUUCUUGUUAACGGUUCUAUUGUAGUUGCAGUUACCAAACAGGUGGAAAGGAUGGAUGGGAACCUGACCUAUGACCAGAAAACUGAAGUCCAGAAUGUGCAAGCAACCUGGAAGGAAGGUGCUGAUUAUCCAGAAGCAAAUAUUGUCACAGUUUGGGGUAAGGAUGCACAAAAGAAGCAUAGAGAACUGAGAGAUACAGAAGUAGCUGUACAUCAAAGUCAUGAACAAGAGAAUUUAGUAGUAGGAUUGAUUAGAGAUUUUGGAAAAGUCCAAAAUGUGUCCCGAAUUACAGCAUGCUUGCCCCUCCCACAAGCGGCAGGAGAACCAAUUCCGUGGGGAAUAAUUCCCAUUCCAUUACUACCUGAGACGGCAGACAACACAUCUACAGUAUGUCAAAAGACUGUCCAAAAGGUAGUUGUCCGACCUGAAGAAGAUUGUAUGAAACUGCCCAACAGCCAAUUUACCCGUAUAAGAGGGUUUAAUGGUGUAGGGUGGUGUAGUUAUGAUGAGUUACAAGAUUGCCAAAAUAUUACGAGCCAAACUACAUUGUGGGAUGAUUGGAAAACCGUAUGGGGUCCGAGUUUAUUAGAACAUUAUAGCUAUAUUGGAGCAGUAGACUGGUGUAUACAAUGGACAGGAAGUAAAAAUCAAACCCCGGAAGAAGUCUAUAGAACAGGGACCUCUACAAGAGAAAUUAUAGCAGCUAAGGGAAAUUGGAAUUGUACUAAAGUCAUUACAUGUGAUACCCCUGAAAGCCAAAUUAGCCUGGCUUCUCUUAGAGUACUACUUAAGUGGGGAUGUGAAUGCAGAACAUUUAAUCAUACAAUUACAGGAGAAGCAUCCGGAAACAGUGGAAUCAGACGAGCUGUAAGUUGUAGAAUUACUACUAUCAAAAGCCCAGGAAAUUUAGUCUGGGUAAUGGGACAUGGACAAUGGACUACACAUAUUCCUAUAGAUGGGCCGGUAACACAAAUCACUCUAGGAAUCCCCACUCUCUGCCCCCUGUGGAAACAAUCAAAAUUAAAACCCAACCGGAAGAAAAGAGAAGUAGAUGCAUUCACUGAAUUAGAAAAUGAAUGGCACGAGCCGGAUGGUGGAGUUAAAUUUGGAUGGGCUUUAGAAUCACUAUUUGCACCUGUAGCCUCUUACAGGAACAGAGAAAUGCUAUACAAACUGCUAGGGCAAACUGAGAGAUUAGCAGCAGCCACAAAGAAAGGAUUUAAAGACAUGAAUCUGCAAUUACAAGCCACAUCCCGAAUGACUUUACAGAACAGGAUGGCACUGGAUAUGCUAUUGUUAAAAGAGCAUGGUGUGUGCCAGUACCUAAAAACGAAAAUUGACCAUUGCUGCAUCCAUAUUCCAAACGUGACCAUUGAAGUAGAAAAAGAUAUUUCUCAAUUGGAAACGAUUGAAUCCGAAACAAAAGAAAUUGAAAAAGAAGCACAACAUAAUUGGAUCGGAGAUAUAUUUGAGUCCUUAGGACUUCAGGUUUCUGGAUGGGUUUGGUCAAUAGUACAGUACAUUCUGUUGUUUGCAGUUUUGUUAUUAAUCAUUUGGUUAGCCUGUAAGUGUGUUCUAGGAGUCAUCGAAAAGGAAACAAGACGCACCAGAAGAGUGAUAAAAGCCUUGGCAAGAACCAAUGAGAUACGCCUCAAUGAAAUACGCCGACCUCCUCCGAGGUAUGAAGAUGUUGUUGGGCAAGAUAAUCCAGCAUUUGAAAGAACCAACGAUGACUAAGAGUUGAGCAUUCUUGCAGAAGAUUGAAGAAUGCUCAAAAGGGGGGAAUUGUUGCCAUUUGAUUCAAUAAACUGUAUUAUUAAGGUAGUAGCAAAUGGUAAUAGUUA